AUGCAAAGACAACUGCAGAUUUUUAUUCAGCAUAUGAACGAUGACAGUGAGUACGACAAUGCUAUUAACUGCGGUAAUGCAUACUGGGAGCAUCCAACAGAAGAUGGGACAAGCGGGCAGUCACCAAGGCGGAUGGAUCGAAGCAAAGAAAGAGUUAUAUGCAGACUAAUGACGCAAGCGAUAUACUUUGCGAACGCGUGGAGUAGUGCAGUAAAGGCUAACAUAGAGGGGAACUCCAAGAACGAUAGAGAAAUUAAGGGCUUAAUAUGGUGUACAAUAGUGGAUAUAUACCAAGAGAUACUAUGGAUUUAUGGAUGCGAAGGUCACUGGGGUACAUACUAUGCAUGGUACACAACACAAAUAAUUUGGGAUGAGUUAAAAACACAAUUGGGGGAAAACAAUUGUAAGCGCGGUAAGUAUAAGGAUAUCAAAUUAGGGUACUGGCCCAUGAGGAAUCAGAUGAAGAGAUGGUUACAAGAGAACAAACAGAUGCAGGACAAACUUGAGAAGGAACAAAUAAGCGAUGGCUGUAAGGGAGCACAGGUAAAGCUAGAGGUCGGAACGGGAAAGGAGGAACAGCAAAAGGACAAAGACAACCACACGAAACAUGAAAUAAGGCAGGACGUAAAAGACAUUUUGGGAGACGUGAAGAAAGAAAUGGAGAAGGAGGAGGACCAAUUGAGGGGGUCCACUGACCCAGCACCCCAGUACCCUGCUGUGGAAGAGGCAGAAAAAGAAAAGGAUGCCGAGAUAGAGCAACACAUGAAGGGGAAAAUCGCAGACGUGGAGGAGAAAUUAAAGCCGGUAAUCGCGAAGAAUGCCGCUGCACAAGCAGCGGCCGCCAAAACGGCGGGGAAAACACGAUCAGAGGCAUCGCAAGCAACGAAGCCGGACGCACCCACACCACCAGCGGCCAAGCCGGCGGCUACCAAACCAGCAACCACAACACCGGUAGAAGCAGCACCCGCAGGCAGAUCAGAGGAAGCUGGGGACCCACCGCAGCCAUCACCAGCACCCGUCUCACCCCAGGCAGAACCCGCAGGGCAACCAGGGGAAGUAGGGGGCCAAGGACCAGGACCUGGACAACAACCCCCACCUCCACCACCACAAACGCAUAACACAAGUACGAGCAAUACAGGCGCCCAGGCACCUGACAAAGGCACUGGAACCACGACACCUGAGACAGGUAAGGAAGGAGUACCUUGCAAUGAGAACACGGAUGGAUCAAGCAUACUGGGCUCGAAGCCACAAGUACAGGCCGAUCCUAUUGACUAUAGCCUUGGCGGCCACGGCAGUGUUACUAUGGUUAUUGUUACCCCGCAGACCCCUAAGAAGUGCCCCGGCAAUGGUAUCAGUGACCCUACGACUACAGAGUCCACCGAGCAGACGGUACCGGCGGCCGCACCAGCACCAGGUCAAGCUGCACAACCAGAAGCAACCCCAUCAUCAUCACCUGCGGCAGCAGGGGGACCACCGGCUGCUCCUUCCACUGCUGCAAACACUGAGAAGGACAAUGUUCAGACGACUCCAUCGUUUCCUUCUUCUACGAAUGCGCACGGUGCACCCGGUCCUUCCGGUCCAACAGGUGAAAACGGAGAAGCCGGUAACAGUGGUGGACGUGCCGGCGCCGACGGCGGCAAUGAUGACCCCCCUCCUCUCAAUCCAACCAAACCUAAACCGAAUCCGAACCCAGAUCAAUCGGGUAGUAGUGGCGGCACGAGCGGCGACGCCCAGAUACCAGGUAGUGCACCUUCUGCUGGUACUCAGGGGGGUGCAGGAGGACAAACCAGUGCUGGAGCUGGGGGUGGCGGCGGAGGAGGAGCUGAAGGAACCCCUGGUAUAAGUGGUGAAGCCAACGGGUCUGUCCCAGGUGCUGGAGGCAUUGUGCCUGGUGUCCCUGGACUGGGCGGCGUACCGGGCGUCCGUACCCCCGCUUCUCCGGAAACGGUUCCCCCGGGCCCUGCGCGUCCCUCAGGGGGAACAGGGUCCUCCUCGGGACCAGUCUCUGGGACUGAGGCCAAAGACUCGGGAACAUUGGACACGGGGAAGAAUGAUGAUAAACGGCAGACGGAUGAUCCUGGCAUCCUCCCCAUUCCUGAAGUCCCCGUAUGGAAUUGGGAUGACCUUAUCAAAUAUGUACCCGCGCUCAUUCCAGCGGUUGUUGGUAUUGGGCUCAUUGCGUUGUUCCUCUGGAAAUAUUUUGCGUACCUCGACAAACGACGACGCACCUAUCGAACCGUUCGUGACGUGCCGUCACCGCCACUCGACGAAGAAAUAUUGCAACACCUACAACGCGGCGAGCCGCCACCCGAUUACGGUCACACGAUGAUUAGGGAUAGGCAACCUGCGUCUGCUGCCGAACGCCGCGGACAACGCCCACCCCGCGUGCAUAAGCGCACGAUCAUCGAACUACAUCUAGAAGUGCUCAACGAAUGUGAAGCGGCCGAGUGGGAAAACGUCAAAGACGACUAUUUGCAGAUACUCGUUGACGCGUUUAUUCGGGGCACCCACGGGCAUAGUAGUUCCCCGGAUGCUCCUAUCACAAACCAGGAUUUAUCACGGAACAAUGUUUCCUCCACCGUCGAUCCACCCACGGACAUCGACGGAACGGAUCCAUGUCCACCUAACGAAGAUGAUCCAUGGAGUUGUAUGGAAACCAUACAGUUAGCAACGGCCCGUUCUCCACCUAACGAAGAUAACCCCGAUCCAUGGAGUUGUAUGGAAACUAUAGAAUUGGCCACGGACCGUUGUCCACCACAUGACUCCGUCCUCUGUCCACUUCGUGCGGAUGCGAAUUCGGCCCCCGAUCACAAUCACUGGAUCCCUUGGAUUGACCGCAACAAGCACCUUUUGCGGGAGUGCACGACGCAGCCGUGGUUUUUGCAAUUAAAAGCGGAAUGGAAACAAUAUCUGCGCGAGCACAUUGCGGCAAACGAAGUAUCCGGGCAGCGUGCCCUCGGUGAGCACAGAAGUACUGCAUGUGUGGAAAUGAAAACAGAUGCCUGGAAACAGUGGGUCGAACAGCAACAUCGGCAAAAGAAUGUAGAUAGGCAGGAGGCGUGGUUCAAGCAUUUGUUGCAUAAUGUAGAGGAGGAAACAGUACGGGGAAAAGGCGAAGUACCUGCAGUGGACACAGACGUAGAAGUGGAAAAAGUAAUGGCAGCACAACACAUGCUAAGAGUGAGAGAUAUACCACGGACGCAACUGCAUCAGCCACCUCAUAUGAACACACCGUUAACCGCUAAAAUAUGGAUACUGAUCCUGGCAUUAGUCAUAGAACAGUGCGAAGUCGAACGCAGUUUGCAGGAGAAGGAGUUAUAUGUGGAUGCCCUAUUGCAACUGUGA